AUGGCGACACCCACGCCAAAUCACCCGAUGAGGCACAAUGCCUCACAGCAAGGCCAAGGUCGCACUCCCUCCGGGAUUCCCGGAGCCACGCCGCCCGUGUCUACCCCCUUUUCAACCUCUCACGCUCAUGCCGCCUUCUCUCCUCGGGGCCCCAAGUCGUCUCCGCAGCAAUUUAAGAGGUCGCCUGCGACGUCGACGACUCUCAUGGGACACCCCGGCAAUGGCCCCCUCAACUUCGACAGCCCGUCGGCUGCAGCUGCUAUGGGCGCUCUGGGAAUUGGAGGCGGGCUCGAUAUGGGACUUGAUAAUGUCGGGGUAGGAGCCCUCGGAGGGCUGGGGAAUCUGAGCGGAGAGGACGAGAGGCUCAAGCGACUGGACGCCGUCCUGGACAUCAUCGGGAAAGCCAAAGGACGAGUGAGCGAAGCUGGCCUCGAGCGACUAUCUCUACGCACAGGACUUAAUAAGAUGUGGGAAGAGCACAGGACGCCCGACGGCAGGAUAACCAAGACGCUGGUGGUUGCGGGCAACGGACUACAACUCGACAUCAACCUCGACAACAACAUCGUACGAGGCGUUACACUGGCGUUUCCCGAAUCCGAGUCGACGCCGAAUGUCACCAAGCACGUGGCUGGAGCUGAACAGAUCCUCCUGAGAGCCUUGCAGCUACAGCCAAACCAAAGCCCGCUGACCAAGACCUGCGAUGAAUUUGCGGCCAAUCUAGAGCGACUCGCGCUCUUAGACAGGCUGAGCGUGUACCCUGGUCUCGACUGCCAGGAAGCCAUUGCCGGCAUUGACGAAAGCCUGGAGAAAUUGUAUAAAUGGGAAUUAUCGAAGAUGCGUGAAGAUCCCACGACGACGGCGGCUACAUCUGAGCAACUGCUCGAGAAGGCGGUUAUGUGUGAGAAAAGCGGCCGCCCUUCCAUGAACGCCCGUGAUCAGGUAGGGCCGUCCAUCGACUAUUGGACAGACCGACACCUCAUCCCGUUCUCGUCUCCAGGAGGCAGUGAUAUAAAGUUCUGGUCCAUCCUCGUUGGGUGUAAGCCCCUGGACGGAGAGCUUUACCAGCCCAUUCGCGUAUCAGAGAACUGGAUCUCGGACAAGAUGGAGAAAGCUGAUCCGGGCCCCGAGGAAACACUCCUUGCGGCCCCCGAUGGCCCUGUGCUAGAUUGGCUGGAACCUGAGCCAACAAUUCUGCCCUCCAACCCCGACAAUAAGAGCGUUGGGGUCGACGUGGUGCAAGCCGAUGGCACGACGCAGAAGUUUCCCAACGUCAAGUUCGUGGCCACGCUCAACCCUCCGGUGAUCGUACCUCAGUCCGUCUGCAAUACGCUCUAUGGAAUUGCUGGUGCCCAGCCCCCGCCUAUGCUGCUGCCUGCUCAGACCUUCGAUAACAUCUCCUUUCCCAUUCCGGAAGGAGUCAACCACGAUGCCAGUGAACUACGCACCAUAUCGUGCCAAAGGGAUGUUCUGGUCAAGGAGCUGGGUGGUGAGCUGAAGCCCCGGAGGCACGAAAACACGCUCUUUGUCUAUAAGCCCGUGUAUGGACAGACCAUCACGGAGCUGCCAUUUUCGCAUCCUCGGCAGGUUGUGGCCAUGCUGCCAGUCCUACGGCAGUACGCGUUUAUUUCGAGACUUCUUUCGCGCAGUUUUGGCACUAACAUUACCGGCGAAGCCACCGAUCCGGCCCAUAACGCAUCCAUCAUCUCGCGGAGCACAACCACGAAGAAAGAGGAAUUCCAAGACUUCUUAGGGGACGAUGGGCCGCAGCAAUCGAGCUCCGCGGCAGACAGCCCACUCCGCAUCGACGUGGUCUUGUCCGUCCAUCCGACGGCGGGCCUCAACGUGGUGUUCCCGUUCCGUGAUGCGACGGCCAACAUCGAGCUUCAAAUCCAGCCGAACGCUACUGUCCAUGUCGUUUCGCAAAACGUCAUCUUCCCCGAGGAGGGCGAGGACCAGGAGAAGAAAGAGAAGAGCGCUGACGUGAAUGGACAGGAGGGGGUAGGUGCAGGGGAAGAGCAAGGGAAAGGGAAGAAGAAACUUCAACCUCAGGACUUGGGUCAUGCCCUGGAGAUGUUUGAAGACCUCUGUCAGUGGGCAGAAUGGAUCCGGACGCGUCUUGCCUGA